CACCGCCCUAUGCCGAUGAUCUAUUAUCCACCUGGUCGGCCGUUCGUGUCCACGGUGCCGUUAAUGCCCCAGCCGGCUGGACCGCGCCGCAGCUUCGUCAGAACCGCCAGACAGAAAAGCUCCGGCUCGUGAUCGUUGGUCCACUUGUCUCACGGUGUACUGGUAUAUAAAGCUGGUCGUGAUACUUUCACUGCUGGCUGCCCCGCCACCAGCAACAGUGGUUAAGUACUUAGCCUGUCGCUCUUUGUUUAUAUAGUUGUCCUUUCACCUCGGUCCUAUACUCCUUAGUGUUCAUUCUCGCCGUCAGUUCGCGUGUUUGCAUCUGGUUCAUUCCCACGUGUCCAUCCCAUCAGCUCAUAGCGACAUCCGGUCGCUCCCACCAUGGCGGGAAUACCAUGGAACACCAUUCACGUCGGUAUCGCUGUAUAUUCCUACUUCCGAUCGACAUUCCGGGACUUUCUUCUGCUCUCUGCAGUCACCCUUGUCCUGAGAAUACUCUACCGCUUGGUGCUCUAUCCUGUCUACUUCACCCCCAUCAAGCAUAUUCCAACUCCUCCGGGUCGAGCAUGGUUCACCGGAAACAAUGGCUCGUUCGUCUUGGUCAACCCUUAUGACAGGAUGCGUCGGUGGAACCAGGAAAUUCCGAACGAUGGCUUGAUCCGGUUCUACUUGGGGGGCAACCUCGAGCGAACGAUAGCAACAACCCCCAAAGCCUUGAGCGAAAUACUUGUCCAAAAGGUCUAUGACUUUGAGAAGCCUAAAAUCGUCCGACGGUCUCUUGGCCGCAUCACUGGGGAACAUGGCGUGCUUCUAGUAGAGGGCGCUGAACAUAAGCAACAACGGAAGCUGCUUAUGCCUGCCUUCUCAUAUCGGCACAUUAAGAAUCUAUACCCAAUAUUCUGGUCAAAGGGCAUUGAGAUGGUGAAAUUGAUUGAAGCAGACCUGCAACAGCGUGCUAACCCGACAGACAACGUCAUCCGCGUAGCAUCUUGGAGCAGCAGAGCAACACUUGACAUUAUUGGUCUUGCGGGCAUGAACCGCGAUUUUGAUUCUCUCCAGAAUCCAACAAACAAGCUGGCAGCCGCAUACCAUAAACUCAACAGUGUACCUCCCACGCACUUGGAAAAAGGCCUCUUUGUUAUUGGACUCCUUCUAAACGUUCCUCACCUGGUCCACAAGCUGCCAUUCAAACGCAAUCGUUAUAUCAGAGAAAGUGCGACUUACAUUCGGAACGUUGCACAAGAAAUGAUCCACGACGCUCGACAGUCAAUUGAAGGCGAAAAAGCGCAUCAAACCACAGACGCAGUGGACAUUCUCUCUGUAGCAAUAGAGAGCGGCGGUUUCACAGAUGAGGAGCUCAUCGAUCAGAUGAUGACCUUCCUCGCAGCCGGUCACGAAACCACCUCGGGAGCACUGCAAUGGUGCGUGUAUGCCCUUUCCAAGUAUCCUGACAUUCAAACCCGCCUGCGCGAGGAGAUUCGCGCCAACUUGCCCUCUAUUUCGGUCGAAAACCCCGAAUCCAUAUCCGCCGCCACUCUCGACUCCCUCCCUUACCUCCAUGCUGUCUGCCAGGAAGUCUUCCGCUUCCAUCCCUCCGUACCGAACACUGUUCGCAUCGCCAAUAAAGACACCACAAUCGGCGGGCAGAGGAUUCCUAAGGAUACGGUGAUUCAGAUUGUGCCCGCAUUGACUAACCACGAUAAAUCCCUUUGGGGUCCUGAUGCGGACCAGUUCAAUCCCGACCGGUGGCUGGGCCCCGGCAAGGCCAACACCGGCGGUGCCACCAGCAACUACGCAUUUCUGACAUUCAUACAUGGCCCGCGCAGUUGCAUUGGACAGGGUUUUGCAAAAGCCGAGCUGGCUUGUUUGCUGGCCACAUUUGUUGGGAAAUUUCAGUUCGAACUCGAGGAUCCAGAUAAAGAGCUCAUACUCCGUGAAGCCGCAACAGUGACCCCGAAGGACGGGGUCCUAGUAAAAGUAACGCCGUUAGAGGGAUGGUAAAAUCAUAAUGAUGCUAUGAUACCUGCGACUGUACAUUUUUCGGCUUCGUUGUAUAUUUCUUCGUUUCUCACGAUAUAUGUGUUGUUACCGCAGUACUUCAAUAUCACUGGGGCUAUUGACUGAUUCUAGUACUUCUAGCUAUGAUCAAGCACU